AUGGCCGCCGCCGCUCAAGUAUUCGCCAUCCCAGAACUGUUCGAGGCAAUCCUGUUGCAACUACCUCUGCCAGAUCUACUCUUAUCACAGAGCGUCAAUAUCACUUUCCGCGACACUAUCAAGGGCUCCGUCAGACUUCAACGGGCCCUCUUCUUUCGCACGACACAGCCGGCUAGCUCCAGCGCAAUACAAGCCCCUCAUAAAGGCUCCAUCAACCACCUUCUGCUACAAUUAUCGACCUCCAAAAACGGCCAUGACUUGCUCCAUCCACAGUCCAAGCUCAAUCUGGGCAGAUGGAGUGAAUUUCAGCCUCUCCACGACGCCAUCUGGUUCGGUGACGAGCUCCUAGAGCUUGCAACAUCUCAUACGGCGUCCAGUAUCACACCAUCAUGGCUCGACAUGCACCUCCGACAGGCCUCAAUGCCAUUGACGAUCGUUUGA